AUAACAUAUUAAUCGAUAACCAGAUCCACUGUACAGGGGGAGGAACUGUUUUAGCGGCACACAAGUAGGCAGAUACUUACUGUACAUGUGACUACUUGAAAGAAAACUAAACUGGAUAGAUCACUUGUGACUUCUUUGACACACAAAGCGAUUUCUCAGAAUUACUGCAGCUGUUCCAGAGCUUUAGCAUCACUGCACUUCUGCACAACAUGAGCUCUCCGAAGAAAGCGACUACUGAACCUCAUGUCAUCGAAGAGGAGCUGAUAGCAAGUGGAAAAUGGGUGAAGCUUGAGAAGACCACAUAUGUGGAUCCAUCUGGAAGCACCAGAACAUGGGAAACAACAAAGAGAACAACACGAGUCGCCAACAUUGCCUCUGAUGCUGUAACAAUCAUAGCCCUUUUGAAGAGGACUCUACAUAAAGACUGUGUUGUAAUGGUGAGGCAGUUUCGUCCACCCAUGGGAUGCAACACACUGGAGUUUCCUGCAGGUCUGAUUGAUGACAAUGAGACCGUUGAAACUGCUGCUUUGAGAGAACUAAAGGAGGAAACGGGUUACAAAGGGGAGGUGGUGGGCGUCACUCCAGUCACAUGUUUAGACCCGGGCUUGUCUAACUGCACCACACAGAUGGUGAUGGUACAUAUCAAUGGAGAUGACACUGAAAAUAUAAACCCCACCCAGCAGCUGGGUGAUGGAGAAUUUGUGGAGGUUAUUCUUCUACCUCUAAACGAAUUUCAACAAAAAAUUGAUGAGCUGCUGAAGAAAGAGAAAAUAGUGGUGCAAUCCAUGGUGUAUAUUUAUGCUAUGGGAAUGUCACAGGCCUUCUUUAAACCCAGAGAGUUGCCUGUGCUGAAGCAGUGAGAUGCAUAAAUCUCUCGCCUGGAACACACUAAAGACAGACUCUCGUGAGAACAUUCCUAAUAAACUAACUGUACUUAAUUAGGAGGUAUUCAUUGUUUGAACAGUUAUACAAUUAAUUAUUAAAUAGAUAGGAACUUACCAAAUUAAAAGUGCAGGUCUGUUUUGUGAAUUAUUUUGAGCAUGUCCUGUCUGAUGUUG